ACGUCUGCUAAUGGAUGGAUUGUCAUUCAGCAGAGGAUUGAUGAUACUCAAAGUUUCAACCAAAAUUGGACCCUGUACAAAUCAGGUUUUGGAAUUUAUGACAAAAAUUUCUGGUUGGGCCUGGAGAAGAUGCACCAAUUAACGACAUUGGCUGAUUACAGGUUAAGAUUUGAAGUUCUCAUCAAUGGUUCGUGGUACUCUGAUGAAUAUGAUCAUUUCAAGAUGAGCUCUGAAUUGAACAAGUACUUACUGAACUUUUCUAGAUUUAGCGGGGGUCAGAGCGAUGUCCAAAAGGUGAGAGAUUGCCCCUCUUUUUACCACAACGGCAUGAUGUUUUCCACUCCAGACCAGGAUAAUGACCUUUCUUCAAGGAACUGA